CAGAGGUCGAGCUUGAUGAUCAGUGUCCAUGACAGUACCUAUGUAAACUUGUCUGGUGCAGAAACCUCGACAACGUCUGGUGACAUGACUGGGGCUCGGCUUGGCAUCGGCGUCAUCAGCACAGUGACUUAGGCAGGGAUUUGAAGCAACGCCAGAGCGUCGCGUCGACUCUCCUCGUCCCACCGUGGUCAGACAGAAUACCAGACUAUAGUAUUGUCGAACGGUCACGAUGAGCGAGUCUCCGCAGACGAUGGCAGAGCGCCGUUAUCUGCGACCCAGCCUGCGGUCGGCAACGAUGAUACAACCGAAGACUGGCGAGCGCGUCAAGAAAUCAUUCACACUUCGAAGAUCGUACCACCGUCCAACCGAGUCUACCGAGUUUCUGCUUGCGCCAGGUCAACAUGAUCCUACACGACACGAAGACAUGGGCAGAGUCGAACGUCUGCAGGAAACCUGCAAGUACCGAAUUCGACAAACCUACGCGUACGCGACCUCUCCGACAGGUAUUGGAAUACUCAAGUGCUCGCUGGCAUAUAUUUUGGGGUCGCUAGCUACUUUCGUUCCCCAAAUUGCUGGGUUACUGGGGAAGAACGAUGGAAAGCACAUCGUGGCUACCAUCACGGUAUACUUCCACCCAGCACGGUCAGCUGGCAGUAUGCUUGAAGCCGUUUUGUUAGCAUUUGCUGCCUUCCUAUACGCGGCCUUCAUCUCGUUUUCUAGCAUGGCUGUCUCCGCGUACUUUGGAAAUCACCACCAUCUUGUCCUAGGCCAUGUCAUCGUACUUAUCGUGUUUUGCGGCGGAGGCCUGGGACUUGUAGGCUGGACUAAGCAAAAGCUGGGCAACCCACUCGUCAACGUUGCUUGCUCAUUGACUUCUCUUGCGCUGAUUACGGUGUUGACGAAAGAAGGGGCUGUUCAGGCCGCCAAGUUUUCGUAUGUCAAAGUCUGGCAAGUAUUGAAGAUGAUCAUCAUGGGUUGUACAGCAUCCGCAGCGGUCUCUCUUCUUGUGAGGCCGACCUCAGCGCGGACUGAAUUUCGCGAUACUUUCAUUCAAGCGACCGAUGCAAUGGCCGAGAUACUCAAUGGUAUCACUCGUAGCUUCCUCUCUGGCGAACAGCAAGAUCUCGAGAACGAUUCGUUUGUAAAAGCCUCGAAUCAAAGCAAGUCAACUUACAAGACGUUGGUCAAGAACCUGGGAGAAGCCAAAUUCGAAUACUAUGUUCUUGGCACCGAGGAUGAGUAUAGAAUCAACGCACGUCUGGUCAAGUGCCUGGAGACGUUGAUUCAGAGCAUCGGUGGCUUGCGAAGUGCUGCAGAAACACAAUUCACGCUCCUCGCUCAAUCAAGCACAAGCAGUGGGCCACUAUCGGACAGUAUACCUGCUAACGGCACAGUCACAUCGUCCAUAUUCUCAGAACACACGAUGUCUCAAAGCCCUCCUCAGAUGUAUUCCCCAAGUCUCAGUCACACAGAACGUCGGACUAGCAUUCUCGCCUCGAUCGAUGAAUUACCGGAGAGCCCUAUGGAAGCAUUUGCGGAUGGGUCGGAUGAUGAAUCAAGCCAGACCAAUGAUAUUGCUGGAAUACCAAGUUUUAUCCACUCCAACAAUCUCACGCCCGCUGAUAUAUUCUCCAUAUUUAUCGCCCAGUUGGGACCGCCGAUGAAAUCGCUUGCGUACACACUACGUGAAAUACUUUCCGAGCUCCCUUUUGGCCCUGGACCCGAAUACCACAUGGCUAUCAACGAGCAUUUUCGUCACAGUCUCAUUGACGCGAAGGCUCUUUUUUCUAAUGCUAGACAAGAAGCUCUCUCCGUGAUUUACCAGAGCAAAAUACCGUCGAAGACUGGUUCGGCUGCAGUGGCCGCCGACUUCGAAGAGGUCGCUGCAAGCUGUGGCUAUUUUAGUUCCUCAUUGCAAGACUUCGCCGAAGACAUGGUGACCUUUUUGGACAUACUCGAAGACUUGAAAGCAAACGUAAAUCUUCACCCGCGUCGAAGAACAUGGAGCUGGCUGAAGUUUUGGCGUAAAAAUAAGCGUUCUGGCGACGACUCCGAGCAAGUGAAUUUGAUUAACGAGGGCCCAAGUCAAACGCCUGGUGGCUCACAUGAAAUUCAUAACCCGAUCUAUCGAAAGUCAAAUCGCGGCGACCCAUACAAACCCAUGAAUAAGCAACCACUCUCAUAUCGCACUUGGGUAGCUUUAUCUAUUUUUAGAAGAGAUGAUCUCAAAUACGCUGUCAAGGUCGGCAUUGGUGCCGUGCUUUACGCCAUGUGGUCUUUCAUCAGGCCAACAAAGGCCCUUUAUGGCCAUUGGCGUGGUGAGUGGGGUCUUUUGUCAUACAUGCUGGUCUGCUCAAUGACAAUUGGCGCUUCCAACACAACCGGGUUCCAACGGUUUGCAGGUACCUGCCUAGGGGCUGUAUAUGCAAUCGUUGCAUGGAUCGUGGCCGACGAAAAUCCCUACAUACUUGGGUUCUUCGGGUGGAUAGUCUCUCUCCUCUGUUUCUACAUCAUUGUAGGAAUGGGUAAAGGGCCUAUGGGUCGUUUCAUCCUGCUCACCUACAACCUCUCCGCGCUAUACGCCUACUCAUUGUCAGUCAAAGAUGAUGAUAACGACGAUGAUGAAGGCGGUAUAUCACCUGAGAUCUGGGAGAUCGUUCUUCACCGUGUCGUUGCUGUCAUGGUUGGUUGUCUCUGGGGUAUCAUCGUCACUAGAGUCAUAUGGCCAAUCUCAGCACGACGCAAACUCAAAAAAGGCGCAUCGCUCUUGUGGCUCAAAAUGGGUCUUCUCUGGAAGCGCGGUCCUCUACAGACCUUACUUGUUGAGGCCAAUAAUGGCGACAUACACCGGCCGUAUUCGUACAUGAGUGAACAUGAAGAACUCGAAUUACGGCGCUUCUUGAGUCAUUUGGAAACACUUCGUGCAUCGGCUUCGUCAGAGUUUGAACUGAGAGGUCCAUUUCCGGACAAGAGUUUCAGAGUCAUUCUGGACGCGACCAGUCGUAUAUUGGAUAGUUUCCACGCGAUGAACGUCGUCAUCUUAAAAGACCUGAAGGCGUCAGAGGGAGAGAAGGAGAUUCUGAAAUACACGAAGAAACAGUGGACAGAGCUGAGCUGGCGAAUUAGUCAUUUGUUCUCAGUUAUGGCGUCUUCUAUGAAAUUGGCAUACCCACUGAAUGAUGUGCUACCCAACGUGGACCAUACAAGAGAUCGACUGCUAGCCAAACUCUUCGAGUUCAGACAAUCUGGGCUCGGCAAAGUCAUUGCUAAGGACGAAGACUACGAGUUACUCUAUGCUUACGCACUUGUAACUGGCCAACUAGCCCACGACCUCGGUAUCAUCGGACAGGAAAUUGAAAAAUUGUACGGCGUGUUGAAUGAGGAAGACUUGAAAUUGCAAUAAGCGAAGAUAUCGUUAAAACUUAUUCAAAUUAAGACUGGCUACCAACCAUGUAU